CAGCCACGCCCCUCAGCCCUCCGCCCCCUUUCGCCGUACAAGCCCAAUUUCGAACUCCGUAAUUGUUGCUUAAAAAAUCAAUUUUAAAGGUGUAUUUUUUUUUGACAAUGUUGCAAUAUUGUGUUUUGUUUUGGUGAGAUUAUUCUUUAAGGUGCAUUUUUUUCAGUCAAUGUUGCAUUUAAAUUCGGUUUUUAAAGUGUAUUUCUCUGACUGCUUUUGUUGCAAAAAAUAGUGUUUUAUUUUGGUGAAAUAUUUAUUUUUGUUAAACUUAAAAAUAAACAUAUGUAUGUACAUAUUUUUUUAAAUCUCUGGUAUUAGUCGCGUGUGACAGCUGCUACAGCAAAUAAAUAAACCGCAAAUCAAUCAAACAAUCGCAGAGUGGGAAAAGAGUGGCUGCGCCCGCGUUUUUAACCGCGCUCAAGUCGCUGACAACUUUUUGCCGGAGAGCCAGCCGCAAUUUGAUCUUUCCGUAAAUUAAACUAUUUACUGUUUAAAUAUUUGCCAAGUACACAAAAAUACAUACACUUGCUGCUCGCUGUCGCCUCGUCUAAAAUUACAAAAGCCUCGAAGUCGACGUCCCUCUGAUAAUAAACAGAAAAGUUAGCAGCAACACAGCAGCCAAUCAUCUUUGCCAUGGAGGUGGAAUGCGAUUUGGGUGAUAUACAAAACGAGGAAUUGCUGAGGAAAAUGUGGCAGCAGUCCGAGGACAGCGAACGCAAAAAGCAGAUCCGAUCGCAUCUCUAUAAGCUGCGCGAGUCGCGACUUUGCAACCUCUAUAGGCACGAAUCGGACCCAAUGUCGGAGCCCAACGGAAACGGACAUGGCAACGUGAACACGCUGGCCGGAUACGCAGGCAAGGAUCCGUUGGCCACCAGCCACGGGGAUGCCCUGCUGGACCAGAACUUCCAGAGCCUCAAGUCGAAGGAGGUCCGCGAUUCGACCAGUCCCACUCAUGAGCUGCGAUUCCACUCGAUGACGCUCAGCCAGCCCAAUACAACCGGUUGGGAUGUGCAGACCUCCUCGGAGGUCAGUCCCGAUGGACGGGCCUAUCGCACCGAAACUCUGGCCAAAACAGAUGGCGUGGAGAAGCUCAAUGGUGGUGGCCUGGCCGAGUUCAAAGGUCGCAACGAGCAGCGCUCGAGUGCCUCGCAUCAGGGCGACGACAAGAACUUCGUGAAGCAGGCAUCGGAUAGCUCGAAGACCCAGCUCCAAGAGACGGUGGUCUUUGGGGAUGAGAACAGCGGUCGCACCGAGAUGAAGAUGAGCUCCACCUCCACCUCGUCCACCUCCAAGGUGGUGUCCUCCUCGUCCACCGUGGAAUACGGCGAUGAGCCGCGAUAUCUGCUGGAUAGCCAGGAGAAGAAGCCACAGCAGUCGCAGCAGCAGCAGCACCAUCAGCGAGAGUGGGAGCAGGAACAGAGGCGACAGGAGCAGCGCAUCCAAGAGCAAAUGCAGCGACAGGAGCAACAGAUUCGCCAGGAGCAAUUGCAGCGCCAGGAGGAAUUCCAACGGCAGGAGCAAAUCCAGCGUCAGGAACAACUGCAGCGCCAGGAGGAGCGAUUCUCGGAGAGCCGCGAGCAGAGCAACAGCACCCGGAAUGUCCAGACCCAGCAGCAUUAUGAGGAGAACAAGCGCUAUGUGGAUAUGGACAAGGCCUCGCCGGAAUAUCAACGCCAUGUGCAACACCUGAUGGAGCAGCCCGGCGAGAUCAUCUCCAAUACGGUGGAGUAUCCCAAGCCGAAUGUCAAGAUGAUCACCACCGUUAAGCGGCUGCCGGACGGAACCAUUGUCAAAAACAAGCGUUACGAGACGGAGCAGCUCACCCCCAGCCAGAACCAGAACCAGACAACCCAUAAGCAGACCAACAACCAGAGCCACAAUCAAACCCGUAAUCAAACCCACAAUCAAACCCACAAUCAGCGACGUGCACAGGAUGUGCAGGAUAGUCAGGUUCGCGAUGUGGUGGACAACGUGGAGCAGAAGCAUGUGACGGAGUCGCAGAGCUUCUCCUCGGUGAAGAAGUCCAGCCGACGUUUCUCCACGGAAACCACCUCGGAAACCGUGGAGGAGUACGAUGAUCGCGGACAGCCCUUGUCCAAAGUGGUGCAGAAGGCACCGGCACCCACCACCUUACACUCGCAGCCACGUCAGUCGCCGACCAGUGACUUCAGUACCCACGGUUUCCCCUCGGUCCGUCCGAACAAGCCCACCCAGGAGUAUCCCUCGCAAAGACCAGCCGCAGCUGGCGAGGAGGUGGUGGUGGUGCGUUCGGAGAAGAGCCGCCAGGUGAAACAGCAGACCAGUUCGCAGCGCACCACCGAAACGGAGGUGGUGGGCGAUGAUUACAAUCAGCCCCAGAGGUCGCCACAGAAACUCAGGGAGGCGCCAUCACCUAGCUGGGAGCAGCCCAGCCCCACCAGACGCCAGCCGGUGGAUGAGGAUUUCAGCACCCAUGGAUUUCCCUCGGUGCGAACCACCACCACUCGGUCCGAUCAGCCCGAUGGCGAGGUCUUGCAGACAGCCAAGACGGUGAGUCGCAAUCAGAGCGCCAAUCGCAAGACGAACACGGAGCGGAUCAUUGAGACGCAGGUGGAGCAUCCACAUGCGCCCUCCCACACCACCCACACCCACACCCACUCCACUCCCAGAUCUGGAAGUCCACGUCGAUCUCAGCCACGUGAGGAUUACGGAAACCAGGGUGUGACUUCGCCUCGUGGGCCAGCUGGAAAGCCGAGCCAAACGCGUCCCAGCACCACUGGAGGUAGCAGCACCACCAAGACAACCACCACUUCGGAGCCGUUGACGCGGCGUCAGUUGCAAAAGGAGCGCGAGGUGGAUGCCGCCCAUCGGGCCUUUGCCGCCUCGCUGCGAAGCAGUUCGCCGGCCGACAGCACCACCUCGGUGGGAUCGCACCACCAGACGCCGCGCUCGAGCGUCUCCUCGAAUCGCACCUUCCGCCGGGAAAUGCGUGAGGGCUCGCACGAUAGCCAGGCGCCAUCGGAAUCGAGCAGGAUUAGCUCAACCACUGUGACCAGACACACGGGUGGCCACACCACCAGCAGCACCACCAAGACCAAGACCACCAGGCCGGUGAAGAGUCCCAGCGAGCCGAGGUCGCCCACACCGAAAGCAGGAGGAAAUGUGAUUACCACCACGACCACAACCACAAGCAGCACCACCAAGUCCAGUCCCAGUCCAGCACCACCUUCACCCACUUCGGCACCAGCCAGUUCCGCACCACCAGAUAACAAGCUAUCACAGUAUACGUAUACUACCACUAAGCCCGGCGAUAUAUUCUCUCUGCCACCAACUACUCCUCCUACUAUUAACAACGAACCAACACUAACCACCACCACCAAAACAACAACCACCACCUCCAACAACCAGAACCACCCGAAACAAUCUGCAAUCGAAACCGCUACCGCUACCGAUACCGAUUCCCAGCCGAUCCGCAAGGUGAAGCUGAGCGCUAACGAGGCAAUGGUGGUGGAAGAGGCACCCUGUGUGCGGCGUCAAUAUUACCAACUUGGAAACGAGGGGGAAAACCCCGAGACGCCCGAGAGCUCAGGGACCCCUGCCAGCAAGAAGCCCCACCCAAUGAGGAAGCCCAUUGACGAACCGGAGCAUCAGCCUCAGCUGAGGCGUAGCUCCAAGUCGCCCAGUGUGGAGCCGCGCACGGUGCAGCGGGAAACGACUUUCGAGGGUCGACGCUCAUCCCAGCCCGUGGAUCAGCUUUCGAUCGAUGAGCUGAUUCUCAUUGAACAGAUGAGCGGAGCUCCGGGCCUGCCCACGAUGCCUGAGAAGCCAUCAGCUAGGGAUCAGAGUCCGCAGAAGCCAUCACCUAGGGCUCAGAGCCCUGGGAAACCAUCAACUAGGGCUCAGAGUCCCGAGAAGGGUCCUGGACUGCCACAGCCUAGGGCAACUCCUAGACAAAGUCCCGAAAAGGAGCAGCCAGCCUUCAAACAACCACGUGAGUUAGCCACUACAGGCCAGUUUGAAAAGCAACUGCCUCAGAGUCCGGGAAAGACUCCUGGAUGGACUCAGCCUCAAGUCUCACCCCGUCAAAGUCCCGAAAAGCAGUUGCCCCAAGCCCAAGGUCCCGAGAAGGCUCCUGUAGUUGACCAGCCUAGUGCUUUGCCGCGUGAAUCUCCCCAUAAACAAAUACCCCGAGCUCAGACUCCCGAAAAAGCUCCUGGACUGUCCCGUGUUUCACCCCGUGAAAGUCCUGAGAAGCAGUUGCCCCAUGAAAUUCCUACGAAAUUCCGUCAAAGUCCGGAAAAGGAACUCACCAACCAACAGAAACGAGAGGAGGAGAUUUUCCGUAGUACCAUAACCACUACACAAAAACGAACCACAAAUAACUUUAACGAAGAAUUCCUAACGAACGAACGAGAUAAUCAGAAUCAGCCAAACUAUGAAAACAAACCCCAGGCCCCAGGUAAAUUUGAACCGAAAACAAAACCGCAGGAGGCUAUUGAGAGCCCAGAUGGUGGAUUUAUCUCCAAAGGAACUGAACCUGAGACCCAACCAGAAGAAAAAGAGGCACCUACUUAUCGCAAGAAAGGUUUAACUCGUCGAGAGACCUUCGAGGAUCGAUGCCGCCAAAUUUUGGGCAUGGAGGAAGAUGGCGAUACUCAGGGAAGUUAUACUAAACGACCGGAUAACAAUCAGGAAAAUGAGAAUGUUACUCACACCACCAUAGAGACCAUCGAAGUAAAAAUCGAAGAUUGUCCCGAUGAUGAUGACGAUGAUCACCCUCGCCGGGUGACUGAGACAUUUGUGGUGCGUACACAGCCGAAAAUAAAGGUGGAGGAGGAGCUUCUCGUGGAUGUUACCGAGCCAGAGGAUGUGGGGAUUCUGAAGACUCCCUCUAAAAUGGCCCCCAAGGAAGAGGAUAGUCCUAACUAUCGAAACGAGCAAGAAAUUCCCAAAGCCCCCAAGAAGGAGCAGGAGAUUCCCAGAGCUCCCAAGAAGGAGCAAGAGAUUCCCAAGACCCCAAAGAAGGAGCAAGGUCCUUCUUACGUGAAGGACGGAGAAACCCCCAGACAUCCCAAGGAGUUGGAAAAUCCCAAGUAUCCAAAGGAACAACAAAGUCCUAGAUAUCCGAAGGAGCCAUCAAAUGUUGGGUAUCCCAAGGAGAUCCCCAGGAAUCCCAAAGAGGAUGCCGAAACGAUUCAUAUUAAUGAAGAGACCAUUGUCAUUAGCAAGCAGGUUUCGAAAUCUCCCACUCCUACCUGGUCUCCUUCUCCGGAACGCAGGGCUCCGAAAAACUCCCAUUCACCUUCUCCUUCUGCAUCACCUUCAGUGUCACCCUCCUUUGGGAGGAAAACUCCAACCAAGCUGGAGUCAAGCUUUGUCACCGAGAAGAUCAUUGAUUGCCAGGGAAAAACUAUUGUGGAGAAAAUCAGACAGAGGUCGCGAACUCCAAGUCCCACUACAACCAAAAAGGGUACAAAGCCAACCCAAAAGCUGCCGAAAAAAGUACCCGAAACCGAAUCGGAACCUGAAAAGGAAUCAGAGCCGGAAACGAAGAAUAAGACAACCAGUGUGACAAUUACGAAAACCGAAACCGAACGUCGCAAUUCGCGCACCUCCAAAACAAAGCAACCACUGACGCCCAAGGAGUCACAAUCUAAGCUCCCAGCCGCAAAAAGUCCUCGGAAGGAUUCGCUGAAGGGGUGCAAACGGGACAGUUUGGUGGAAGAGACACGAACAACUACGACAGCUACAACAACUCGGCAGGUUCGCAAGCCCAACGAUACUAAUGGUUCACCUUCCAUCAAGGAUCGUCUUCGCUCUUCGCCACGCAAGCAAAAAACAUCUCCACAGCAAACCCGAACACCCACUCCGGCACAAUCACGAAACCCUGAAGACGACGUCGAUGGAGACUCUACUUCUCCAGAUGUUAGCCCUUCGAGGGUGAGUAACGAACGUCGGCGUUCUAGCAAUAUUUCCGUGCACACGGAAAUCAUCAUUGACCAUACGGCUCCCAAAUCCCCGAGAACAGAGAGGCGACCUCUAAAUAAUACUAGUAGUGCUCCCAGUCCGAUAAGAAAACUUCCAGUAACGGAGCGCAAGGAGUCGGCUCCCGUGCCACGAGUGACCCGACGCGAUAAAACCGAGAAGGUCACGCGAUCAACCAGCGAGAAUAUCAUUAAGAUGAGCGGUAAUAAGCCUCAUCCUGAGAUGAGUAGCCUAAAGCCAGUUGGUGAAAGAACUCGACCAAGUAAAUGCUGCACCACAAAGACGAUCAAUCUAAGCGAGCAGCGAAUCAAUACAGCUACUGAUAUUGAGGGUGUGAUCAUUGACAUUCAACAGGCGAAGAGCUCGAGGGAACCAUCUCCGGAUAGGAUUGUACCCACACCCGUGCCCGCUGAGGUGGAAACGGGAAAGCCACGUUACCCAGAUGUCGUGCAGGAGCCCGAUGAUGAGCCCCGUCGUAAGCCACAGGUUACAAAUAUACCAAUUUUCGAGGAGGAAUCUCAAACCUUUGUGGGUUGUCAGAUCUCGGAACUGCGCAGCUCAAAUGGAUUAGAGGAAGAUAUACUGGACAAUCCCACAGUGGAGGCUCCUAAGAGCCUGGACUAUCCCGUAAAUACUCCCGAUACGGACGAGAGUCUGUUGAGUGUGCACGAGAAGGUCUCCCGAUUCACUCACUCCGCCGAAAAGGUAAUGCAACCACGAGCAUCUGCCCCAUUUAGCAGGGAGUUCGAUACGCACGCCAAGAUUCCUGAAAACGAUGAGUGCCUGCUUAGCAUAAACCAGAAGGUAGACAAGUUCCUGCGCACUGCCGAGAACGUUAUCAGGCCUUCUUCGCUCUCUCCUCGACCUGAGAUAGAGCGCCCCGGUCUGGAGGAAAUCGAUGAAGAGCUCCUUCGGGACGAUUGCACCCUGAGUGUCUCCCAGAAAGUGCACAAGUUUAUCGACACAGCCGAGAAGUUGGCACCUAGCAUGCCACAGAAAUCGCCACGCUUGGUUGCCAACAUUGAGCGCCACAUUUCCCGUCAGAGCGAACCAGAGCGAGAGUUGGACGAGGAAUCAGAACCAGAACUGGAUCGGGAUACAGAUGUGGAGGAUGAGGACCAAACUAGCCAUCUGGAGACAGAAGAAGAAGUCAGUCAAACUGUGACCAAAAAGGAAACCAUACGGGAAUUUAAGCAACAAACAAAGGAAAGCAAGGAAACACGAAGGGAAUCCAAGGAAGAGCCAGAAAAGGGACCUAAGAGAGUGCCCCAAAAAGAACCCCAAACGAAGCUCAAGGAAGAACCCGCCAAGGUGCCUAAAUAUCAAGCAAAGCUACCACAAAAAGUGUCACAAUGGGAGCCUAAAAAGCAACCUCAAAAAGAUCCCAAGUUGCCCCGAAAAGAUUCCUUAUGGGAUCCCAAAAGGCAGCCCCUAACAAAGCUCAAAGAUGAACCUGAAAUGGUGACUAAAAGGGAACCCAAGGCUCCACAAAAGGAACCCCAAACGAAGCUCAAAGACGAACCGGAGACGGUAACUGAAAAAUCUCACCAAAAGGAACGACCCAGGGAUAAUAUAGAACAAUCCGAAGAGGAGCCAGAAUACUCUCCCGAAGAAGAAUUCGAAGAUGAGCCCCUGCCAAUGACCAAGACACAUACCACAGCCAUCGAACUAAAGCGUCAGAAAGAUAUCCUCAAUCGGCCCUCGGUCUUUGGACAGCGCACUUCAGAACGCAAACCUAGCACAACGCCGACUCCAACUAAAGUGAAUGGAAAUCGUGGCCGACCAAGUCCUAGCACCAGCUUGAUUACUGAAGAAAAGAGAUCGUACAGAAAUCAGGUGACCAAUGUGUCUAAACCAGGUUCUAGAAAAACGACUCCAUCGGCCAUACCCUCUGUCCAAUCGCCGCCACCUAAGACAACCAGUAUUUCCAAACGAAUGGAGCAAAUCAGUCAGCAGUCAUGGGUCGUCCAAGAUGUUGAUGUGGACGUUGAGGUGGUGGGACCAGCGCCACCUUCCCACAUCAGCGGAAGGCCACAAGGAAAAAGCCCAUCCCCAACGUCAUCACGAUCGCCAUCACGAUCUCCCUCCCGAUCGCCCAGUAGACGCACCUCCACCAAUGCGAACACGACCACCACUACCACCACCACUGAGCACCGCCACCCGAGCACCACCAAGUCAACCACUCCCAAACCGACUCCAACUAACCCGACCAAUGACGAGCCCGAAAUCACACCCAUUGAAUCCUUUACAGAAAAGAGCAUCACCACCACUUACACGACGAACACCACUGGACGAAAUGUGGGCAGCCGCAGGAAUGUAUUUGAGGUAGCGCCAGCCCAGGAAACUCCAGUGGAGUCCGAGCCCACUGGACGGCGUCCCUCGUACAUGGAUCACACGAAGAGCUCACUGGAGCACAUUCGACGCGAUUCGCUGGAGAUUAACAAGAGUCACUAUUCCAGAAAGUCUUCCGUGGAGGACGAUUCCCCGGUAGAGCCACGCAAUCCCAACACAUCCGUAAAGUUCGAUGUGCCAAGGAAGACACCGUCGAGGGGUGGAGAUGAGCCUAGGAAGGGCUCCCUGAAAGGUAAAGAUGACGACUCCGAUUUGGAGCUUGAGAUCGAGGAGAUCUUUGAUCUUCAGCGACUCGAGAAACUCCUAGAAACAGUGGCAAGCUACGAAAUGCGUCGUCGCAUUCGCGCCCAGAUGCGUCUCAUUCGCAAAAACAUGAUUAAUGCGGGCACGACAACCACAAUCACCACAAUUACCACCACAACGACUCCGGGAAAAAGUUCACCGCUUCCCAAGAAGCGGGAGCAGAGUCCUGUGGGCAGUCCUGAAACAAAGUCCAUUGGCAGUAGCCUCAAGGAAGUGCGCACUACCACGAGUCGUCGACGAGUGGAGCAGGUGGACAGCACUACCGCACCAGGAAAAACAUCACCGCAGGGUAAGCCGCCAGUGAAGCCAAGGGAAAGAAGUGCGAGUCCCGCCCAGAAACGGCGCAAUAGUCCACCGGGAAAGCAAUCGCCCGGAGAUAGAAGCACCACUUUAACCACCAAGGUCACGACUAGUAGCACUACCCGAGGUGCUCCCAGUAAACCCGCUCAAGGCCCCAUUUGGGCAGAUCGCUCCAAGGUGCUGAAAGGUCAUGCGACCGUUCCCCAACAAACAAAUGGAAGUACUCCACGCAAGGGAUCCACUUCUAGCACCACUUCGAGCAGUGGCAAAAUCACUCGUACAUUGACCAGCUCCAGCACCACCACUAGCUCCAGUAGCACCACCAACUCUCGUAACAAGCAGGGCGAGGAGGACUCGAUCACCUCCAGCUAUGGUGUGGGACCCACGGAUGAGAACGGAUUACCCCUAUUUGGAAUUCGGGCGCUCAAGAAGAAAGCGACGCCACCGAUAGAGGAACCCUGUGAGACCAAGCAAGAAGUCACAGGAUAUGUGAUCGAGGAACAGUUCUACUCGGAUAACAAGUCCCCGCCUCGUCACGAGCGCAAGGAACUGAUUUACUCCAGCAAUGCGGACGAGCUGGCUGCAAUUAAGCAGCAACUUCAGGAUGAGGAUGACAGCUCACCUCCGGAAUUGGAUGCCCGUGUGGUGCGGGAGUUCAAGAAGGUAGAGUCCCAGCAAUCGCUACCGGAGGAUGCCAGAUAUGUGCGUAGGGGUUCGGUGAAGGAGCUCAGCGAGAAGUUCAUCCGCAAAGAGUCCUCCUCAUCCACCCAUUCGACCCAAUCCUCGACUGCCCAAUCGCUGGUGAGGCAUGGGGACGAGACCGAGGAGGAUAGCGAGUCUAAUGAAGUGUGCAGUGUAAUCGAGGCACCACAGAUGCGUCAGAAUCAGAGCCACAUCAGUAGCACCACUCGAUCGAGCAAUACACGAUCGUUUCUUAACAGCAGUGCCGAUCAGCGUCAGGUGACCAGCGUGGACGAUGUCCUCGAGCGAAUGCGAAAUGCGGAUAAUGUGGAGGAGGCCGGAGAUACUAGCGAGGAUCGCGAGGCCCGUGCUCUGCUCAACAAAUUCCUGGGCGCCAGUGUCAUUAUGCAGGGUGUGGAGAGCAUGUUACCGCCUACUGCCACGGGACAACGUCUAAACAGUCAAGGGGUAAAGACCACACGGAUAACCAACACCUACAGCAAAUCCGGCAAUAGUACCACCAACAAGGUCAGCAGCUCCUCAGCACCAGUUACACGCACAACUUGUGACAUCGAGGAGAUUUGGGACGAGCAAAUCCUCAAGCAAUUGCUGGAACAGGCGUCCACCUACGAGGAGCGUCGCAAGAUCCGUGCACGUCUACGCGAACUUAUGGCGGAACGCGAAGAGCAAAAGAAUUUGAAGCAGGCGCCGAAGCAGGAGAAAGAAGAGGAGGAGAGCAGCGCCAGCGAGUAUGAGGAGAUCAUCGAGGAGGUGACCGACUACAGCGACGAGGAGGAGGAGGAGGAAGUUCCGGCCAAGCAGGAGGAUCCCAAGAAGGAGGUCACCAAAAAAGAGGUGACCAAAAAGGAGGUGACCAAAAAGGAGGUCACCAAACAGGAGGUCACCAAACAGGAGGUCACCAAACAGGAGGAGGCCAAACAGAGAGCUGUUCAGAAGGUGGAUAAAAAGACGGAGACCAAGACCACAAGCCAAGUCACCGAAAGUGUUAGCAAAAAGUUGGCCACAGUUGAGCUGGCCAGUAGCAGCAGCUCCUCCACCACAGACGGUGUCCAGGUGCAGCAGGGUGAGUCCCUGCCAGCAACGACAGCUACGAAAACAGGAGCCACAGGAGCAGCAGGACCAGGCAGCAGCAAGAGUAAUAGCAUAGGUAGUAGGAAAUCCAGUAGUCUUAGCAGUAGCCAGGUUAGCACAGUGGUUAGGGCCAGGGACAAAGCCAAGCCAGAUACAAUGCCAGUCACGGGAUCUGGGACUGGAUCUGGAGCGGGAGCAGGAGCACCCAGCACAGCCAGCCGCUUGAGCGUGCCCUCGAAAGAGGAUUCCGGCACGGAGAGCGGUGAGGAUUUGCGUCUGCUAGCCGCCGGAUUGCGUGACACCUUGCAACAGCAAAGUGGUAGCGAUGCCAGUGAAGCGAAUCGCAGCCUGGUCGAGGAAGUGACCGAUGCCCUCAGCCGCCUGGAGAGCAGCCUGAAACAAGGCAAGGAACUAGCCGUUGAUGGGGGUCAGCGGCAGGCUCUGCUCGGCCUGGUGGCCCGCCUCCAGAGUGGACUCAGUGCGCCCGAGAAGUUGGCGGAGGAUCAGCGGGCGGGGGAGGAUCAGAAGGACGCAGAUGGUGGUAGUCCGGAACCGGAAACGGACAGUCGGCAAUCUCGUUUUGCGAAGCGACGCCAGCGCAACAGUCGGCAUACCGUUGGCGUUAGUCGAGAGGAACUGGCGGAUGCUCGUCGCUACAUGGAGGACAUGCUGAUCCUGGAGGGCAAGGACUUUGCGAUCACCAAGACACCCAGUUCGGGUGCAGUGCCAGUGCAACUCUACCGACCCAAUCAAUUUGUGGCACAACCCCCGCAGCAGCAGCAGCAGCAGCAGUCAGCCGUCAUCACACCCAAUGCAGCACCUGUGAAUCCCACCCAGAAUCAAUCUCAACUGAGACCCAAUACCAACACCAAUCGACGUCCACUGUCCGGCGAUUAUGCCGUGAGCUUUGCCAGCUACGAGGCAAAUCAGAACUCACAGAACUCAAGUCCUGAGGGCAACGGCAACUCGCCCAGCAAUUCGCAAUCCAAUUCGAACUCCAGUUCGAAUUCCAGCCGAUUUGGUGGUGGCAAAAAGCACUUGAUGAAGCGAGCCAACACCAUUGAUAUACCCAAAGCUAAGGCAAAGUACAUGGCGGACUGUGAUUCGGAUUCGGAUCUGGAGGAUGACCAUGGCCCGCAUUUGGGUUUGAAACGGGCAGUGCAGGUGAGCGUCAAGAGACGUGUUCACAAUGCGGUGCCGCCGUUUGAGCCAAAAACAGAAAACGAUCACAAGUUCCUGGCCUUCAUCAACAAGCAGAGUCAUCAGACUGGCUUGGGUUGGGGCGGCGGUGGUGGACGGAGUGUGUCAAAUUGGACCCACAAGUUUGGUAACAUCAAGCACACCUUUGAGACGGGAGCUGCGGCCACAGUGACCAAGGGUAAGCCGCCGCCAGUGCCUGGUCAUGUGCCCGGAUGGGCCAAACAGGAGCAGCUGCAUCAUCAGCAAUUGCAGCGAGAGCAAAUGCAGCGGGAGCAGAUGCAACGGGAGCAGUAUGAAAGGGAGCAAAGACAGCGAGAGCACAGGGAGUUGAGUCAGAGGGACCUGAAGCAGUUACAGCGAGACCAACUGCAAAGGGAACAAUAUCAGCGAGAGCAAAGCCAGCGAGACCAGAACCAACGGGAACUCUCUAAGAGAGAACAAUUCCAGCGAGAGCAGCUCCAACGAGAGCAACUCCAUCGAGAGCAGUUGCAACGUGAGAAACUGCAGCGCGAGCAACUACAGCGAGAACAGCACCAGCGAGAGCAACUCCAGCGAGAGCAACUCCAGCGAGAGCAACUCCAACGGGAGCAACUCCAGCGAGAACAACUGCAACGCGAUCAAAUGCAACUCCAGCAGCAACAACAAGCUUCUGCCGCUGUGCAAAUCGAGCGGCAACGUCGCCAGGAAUUGGAACGACAACUGCGACUCGAACAGGAGGCGCGCUAUGAGCGAGAGGAGCGAACUCGCCUCGAACGGGAAUACUACGAACAGCAAUUGCAGCGACAACAGGCCGAAAGACAACAGCAAUUGGACAGGCAACGCCAGCAACAGGAGCAGCUUGAGCGCCAGCGACGUCAGGAAAUGGAAUUGCGACUCCAGCAGCAGCGUGAGCAGGCCGCACAAGUCAACAACUUUAUUCACGCUCCACAGUCCGUCUUUCGUCCUAUUGAAAAUGAGACGCAACCGCAGCCCGGUAUUUACAAGCCCGUCGCUCAGAAAUCCCAACCCAAUCCGGCCAUUUGGAAGCCUCCAACGCAACAGCAGCAGCCAGCACAGCCACCGCAAUCGCAGCAACAUUUGCAGGCCAGAUCGGCCACAUCGUAUAGCAACACACCGUCGCCAUCUUCAACGGCCACUUCACCCAUCGGUUUACCCUGGGUGGCAAAGCCCAAGGUGGAUAACAGCGAUUUCCGACGCAAGGCGCACCACUUUGAAGAAAGGUCUUUAAGGGACAAUCUAGAGCAACAUCAGCAGCAGCAACCAUCCUAUCCCAAUGGCAAUAAUGGUUAUCUACAGCGUCACAAUUCACUGCGUUCCAAGGCGCCAGCUUUGAGCGAGUUCAAGAAGAGACCAUCGCUGCCGAACGCCAUGGAACCGGGAACAGUUGCACCACCUAGACAGGCCUUUCAAGCUCCACCGCCACCCACAAAUAUAUCCUUUACGUACGCUGAUUUUCCGCCAGUGGCACGUCAACAACGUGGCAAUGCCCACAACUACAGAAGUCAACCUUGCCUCACGAGUGCUGUGGAACAGGCCGAGGCAUUGACCAAUCCGUUGGCAGCUCCGCUAGUACUCACAAGCUCGAAUCCCACUUAUCUGCCACCACCUGGAAGCAGGAGAUUCGAUUACAUCAGCAGUCCAAUCGAUGUGGAUGUGGACAGUCCACCCAACAGUCCCACGAGCUUCAUGACCAUGCCCAAUCCCACUCUGAUGACGGACAAUACGGAUGAUGAUCUCGAUUUGGAUUCGGACAACAAUAUGCUGGAGUAUCGGGCCGAAACGAAGGUGAUGCGAAAGCCACGUAGUCAGACAGCUGUGAGAGUGGCGGACAGAAGAAACGCUCAUAUGAGCGAUGACGAGGUUUACGGGAAGAAUUCAAGGGCGGCCAAGUCCCUGCUGUACACGAUGAAACAGCUGGGAGGUGGUCCUGGUAAUCAAUCGGCCCAAGCUGGCAAUACCAACCAAAGGCGGCAACCUUUGACUGCUCCCAGUUCACCGAAAUCGGGUUGCCUUUCGCCCGAUGGUCGUCAGUACCAGGCGCCUCUGGUGGAGCCACUCUUCCCGCAAUUGAGCACCUUUGAGGCCAAGCGACAGCCCCAGUUCACCACUUCGCCCAUGUCCACGUCGCCUGCAGUCAGCAUGCCACAGAUCAACUACCAGGCGAAUCCCACAUAUACACCGCCAAGAACCAAUCAGGAUGCCAAUUCCUAUUUGGGUGAGACCCACACUUCCUAUGUGGUCACCUAUCCCGUGGACGAUUCCGGAGAUGAGCCCGAACAGGAAUCUAUGGCCAUGUCUGUGACCCAGCGAUUGCGUCGCGCUUCGGAGCACUCCAAUGCCAGCUCCUCACUUUCACUGGGCAGCACCAGUUGGACAGCGAAUCCGGUGCACAAUACAGUUCCCACUGUGGGUUCCAUGGGACCUCCAGUGGAUCGCAGCACUAAGCCGCAGAUUAGUCAGCCAAUGGGCCCGAAGAUGCCUCAGCAGGCUCCUCAGAAGAAGUCGCAGCAGGUUCCUCAGCAGUUACCUCAGCAGUUACCUCAGCAGAUCCCUCAGCUGAUCCCCCAGCAAUUGCCUCAGCAGUUACCUCAGCAGUUACCUCAGCAGAUCCCUCAGCAGUUGCCUCAGCAAUUGCCACAUCAGAUCCCGCAGCAAUUGCCCCAGCAGUUACCCCAACAGUUACCCCAGCAGUUAACCCAGCAGCUAAGCCAGCAGUUGCCCAAGCAGUUACCUCAACAGUUACCCCAGCAGUCACCUAAGCAGCAGCUACCACAGCAGUUACCUCAGCAGAUCCCUCAGCAGAUCCCACAACAGUUGCCUAGGCAAUUGCCUCAACAGGUGCCACAAACUAUAACCAACAAUCUGCCUAGACACGCUCCCAGGCUUAGUGCGCGUAGUCACACCAUCCAAGGUGAUUCCGGCUACGAUAAUCGUCCCCUGCAGAAUCGUGUGAUGUCACAGCAAACCCUUAACUCCAGCAUUAUCAGCAGCAACAAUAGCACCACCGUCCAGAAGCAGCAAAAGGAGCAGCACAUCAGCGAGCUGCGCCGCAAGAGUUUGGGCAAUGUCCUGGAGAGCAGCCAGAGGAGUACCUACUUUGAGCAGGAGUACAAGUCGUCGGCACCACCAGACACACCGGAUAUAGUUAAAUCCUCGCUGCCGAAGGAGAAUGCACCGCUGUUAAAGAAAUUCGGGCCUCCUCAACGCCACCACUACAUGCCCAAUUCUUAUCAGAGUCCGCAGCUGAAUAAGCAGGGAAAUAGCAGUAGCACCACCACCACAAUAACCAGCACCACGGUGGUGCAACAGCAACAGCAACAGCAACUUCAACAGCAGCAUCAGCAAAUCAAGCCGAGCAUUGUGGAAACGCCAGCGACACCACAGCCACAAGUUCCCCCCGAAGACGAGAUACCCCACAACAUAGUGUUCAACAAUGUGAGCGCCUUCACCUCGAUGAGCCGGAGGAAUCACGAGGAGGAUUCUCACCAGGGAGCGCAAUCGGGAUCGCGGGUGAAUCGUCUGAGCAAGUGCGAUUCGUGGAACCAAAUCUGCCAGCUGCAACAGACGGCGGGUCCGAGUCCGGCGAAAUACAAUCAACCCGGAUCUCCCAGCGAGCUGAGACGCUCCAAAUCCGGACACUCCCUCGCUGUGCCGAAACUCUACGAGGCGGGCAUUGAUAAGGCCCAGGUCAGUGAGAAGCAGCGAACGGUGGCUGCCUACUUCUCCGGUCAAAAGUCACCAACCGGCGGCCAAGUGGAGGAGUUGCGCACCACGACGAUGACCACCUCCGCGACAUCUAGUCGAAAAUCGGCCAUUAAUCGCACCAAGACGAGUGAAAAACUCUCGGCGGCAGCUCGGAAAUCACUGAGCUCGCUGACGACGUCGAAUGGUAACGUUUCCACCGCCGGUCUGGGAAUGAUCCGUGGCGGUGGCGGCGGCGGUGGGGCAGCCAUGAUCGGUGGUGGCCUCAGUCGCAGUGCCACCAUGCCGCAUAUCGCGAAUCUCAAUCUGCUGGACGAGAGCAAUGUGGAGGAUGCCUUCGAGCAGCUAAUGAUGGCCCAGCACAAGAGCUCCUCGACCAGCGAACAGCGAACGGAAACCAAGUCCAAGGAUGGCGGUGCCACUAUGACCACAACAACAACAAAGGUUACCACACGCACUGUCAGCGGUAGUGCUGCCUCCAAGAACAUCUCGCCUUUGGCUAAAUUCAAGCAGCUGGACAAGCAGGCAGCCGCCCAGCAGGCGCAAAAAUCAUCUCCAACAACAAGCACACCCACGACCCCCGGCGGUUCGGCACAACCGUUGUUCAAAUUUACCGAUCCGGCAUUAAAUGCGCGCGCCGCCACUGUCAAGGAUCAACUUCUGCAGUGGUGUCAGCAUAAAACGCAGGAAUAUGAGAACGUCCAAAUAAGCAACUUUAGCUCGAGCUGGUCAGACGGCUUGGCCUUUUGUGCGCUGAUACACCAUUUCUUGCCAGAUGCAUUUGACUACAACACACUAACCAAGCAGACGCGACGACACAAUUUCGAGCUGGCCUUCAGCGUGGCUGAUGAGAAGGCUGGCAUUGCACCACUGCUGGAUGUGGAGGAUAUGGUGGAGAUGAGUCGCCCCGAUUGGAAGUGCGUCUUUGUCUACGUCCAGAGCAUAUAUCGCCGAUUCCGGAACUGUCAGUGAAUCCAUCGAAAGCAGUGGCAGCAACAGCAGCAGCAGCAGAAUAGUCCAAAUCCAAAUCCAAAUCCAAGUCAACUCAACAGCAACUGCAGCAACUCAUUAAAUUUUAAGCAUACACCACACAUCCCCUUUGGCAUUUCGUGUUAGCACACACCCCAUAUACGAGUGUAUAUCCGCAUAACCCACAAUCCUACAUCCAUAUGUGUAAACCCAAUUCUAGACCCCGUCAUCCUGCGAAUAUCUAACUGUGUAAUCGGCAUAUGUAUAUUCUUCAACUGAAGCGCAAAUGGCUCGUCGAACGUGAACAGCCGACUCUUUGUACGUUUUUUUGUGUUUGUUUUACCCUUUUUUACUAUUAUUACGAUUACGCAUUAUUAUUUGUUAUCGAACUUGAAGCAGAAACUAUGCAAUAAUUGUUGAUUUAUAUAUUUUUUUGUCAUAAUUUUAAUUGUGGAGAGAAGAAGCAGUGCAGUUACUAACCCUGCUGGCGGUCAUCGACAUUGGAUAAAGUAUUUAAGAUACGCUCGAUGCCGUCGCUCACAUUGAUGAAUUACUGUAAUAAUAAACAUAUAUUCUAUGUACGUACGUGUAACGAGAACGAAAUAUUUACUAACCGAUGGCAUUGAAAAGGCCGCAAAGAAAUAAAAAAAAGCAAAUGAA